AUGGAAUCCCUUAAAUCUGCAAUUAACGCUAUGAGAAAAGAUUAUUUUAUGGCCUCAGUUGACCUAGCAGAUGCUUUCUACUCCAUAACCAUUAGAGAACAGGACCGGCGUUAUUUCCGAUUCUACUUCAAUGAUAUAAAAUAUCAAUUUACAGCAUUAGUUAUGGGGUAUUCAUCCAGCCCUCGAAUUUUCACAAAGAUACUGAAACCUGUGUUCGCUUAUCUUAGGUCAUUAGGUCAUGUUAGUGUUUAUUUCAUUGAUGAUUCUUGGCUAGUAGGAGAUUCUUAUCAGUCAUGUAUGCGUAAUGUGAACGAAACUGUGCACUUAAUGGAUAAACUCGGAUUAACGGUAAAUCAGAAAAAGUCGGUGCUAGAACCGUGUAAAAAGCUUAUCUUUUUAGGCUUCAUACUGUGUUCUGAAUCCAUGACAGUUAAACUAACAUUUGAAAAGGGGGAAGAUAUAAUUAAACUUUGUUCGAAAGUACUAAACACCAAACGAAUCACUAUUCGUGUCUUUGCUAAACUUAUCGGGAAACUCACGGCGGCUGAGCCGGGAGUUAAACAUGCACCACUAUAUAUCCGACCGCUUGAAAAAAUAAAAGAGAAUGAAUUAAAACUUCACAAGGGAAAUUUCGACAAUUUCAUGAAUGUACCGCAGUCAAUACAUACAACCUUACUUUGGUGGAUAGAAAAUAUACAGAUUAGUUUUAAAAAUAUUUUGUCGCAAGAUCCGAACACUGUUAUAUACACUGACGCUUCAUUAAAAAUGUUCGGGGCAUUCAAUGAAACUAACGGUCAAAAAACAAAUGGUUUCUGGUCGCAUGAAGAACAAAAACUUCAUAUAAAUAUUUUAGAAAUGAAAGCUUGUGAAAUUGGCUUACGCACUUUUUGUAAAUCUUCUAAAAAUAUUCUUGUGAAAUUGUAUACGGACAAUACAACAUGUUGUUCGUACAUUAAUAGAUAUGGAGGUAAGGUUCGAGCUCUCGACGAUAUUGCACGAAGAAUAUGGUUCUGGUGCAUUGAAAGAAAUAUUAUGUUAACGGCAGCCCAUAUUGCUGGCGUAUCGAACACACACGCUGACAAACUUAGUAGAACUGGAAAUGAUGAUAUUGAAUGGUCUUUAGAACAAGGAAUUUUUGAUAAAAUCUUAAAACAUCACCAGAACAUUAAAAUUGAUUUAUUUGCAUCAAGAUUGAAUGCAAAACUUAAAAAGUAUGUUUCGCGAUAUCCCGAUCCAUCCGCUAUUGCAGUAGAUGCAUUCACAUUUAAGUGGUGUGAUAAUUUAUUUUACAUAUUUCCACCUUUCAGCUUGAUAGCACGCAUCCUUCAAAAGAUAGAAAGAGACCACGGAAAAGCAAUUUUGAUAGCACCAAUCUGGCCUACCCAGACGUGGUGGCCAAUUCUCAUGAGAUUGAUAAAAGGUCCAUGCUUGAUUCUCCCAAAAGUGGAAAAAAUUCUGAAACUAGAACACAAACCAAAUCAAAAGCAUCCUCUGAAAAAGAUGAGACUUGCUGUUUUCGAUAUAUCAGGGCAGGUUUACGAAGGCAAGGUAUACCGAGAGACGCUCGAGACAUCAUCAUACAGUCCUGGAGAAAAAGCACAAGAAAACAGUACAACUCAUAUGUUAAAAAAUGGUUACAUUUCUGUGGACGGGAAGCUAAUCCCUUUAAUUCCAAUAUAA